CGCCAGAGGAUUUCGCCGUGGGUAGGGUAGAGCUCGCAGGGUUCAACGUUCAGGACUAUGACUAUUCCCCUUUGAAGAUCAGUGCUUUUGGCGCUCGAUUCCGGGAAUUCGGAUGUCCGAAGAGAACGUUGUCCGUCCUCGUGUUUGUGGAGCAAUAGUGAUACCUGCCCUUCAAGGCGUGUCGUACCUCCUUGACGUGCCUCCUAAAUGCGGCGUCAAAUACUAUGCAUUCCAUGCUCCAGUCCUUGUUGCAAUCUCCUCUUUGCUGCGUCCUCCAUUUUCCUGAUGUCGCCGCCCAAGCCCAAGGUAAAUCCCAAAGUCUUGCAUGCACUCUCUUUGAUAAUAGCGGAUAUAGUCUCUUUCCCUGUCUCAUUCUCCAUUAAGGGAUACCGACGACACUUCCUCUUCAUCUACCCCGUUUGCGGCUCUUGGGGACAUCAACUAUAUCUCAAGUUCUUUAAGUGACAUACCUGAAUGGAAUGUUCGCGAUACACCACCGAGGGGUAACCA